AUGACUUAUAGUGAAAGUGCCUACAAACCACAGCAACCAAAACAGACAAGAUUGUCUGCGCAAGGCCCUAUCGAAUGUUGCUUGACCGGUUUCCAAUUGUUGAACUCUCCUCUUUUCAAUAAAGGGUCUGCUUUUACAAAACAAGAAAGAUUGGCCUUUGGUCUUGAAGGCUUGCUCCCCCCACAAAUCAACAACCUUGACGAACAAGUUGAAAGAGCUUACAAGCAACUAUCUUUCCUCAAGACCCCUCUUGCCAAGAAUGACUUUUGUACCAGUAUGAGACAACAGAAUAAAGUUUUGUUUUACGAAUUGGUACGCCGUCAUGUCAGAGAAUUGUUGCCAAUUAUUUACACUCCAACCGAAGGUGAUGCCAUUGCUGCCUACAGUCACCGUUUUAGAAGACCAGAAGGUUGUUUCUUGGAUAUCACCGACCCUCAGUCUGUCGAAAAAAGAUUGGCUGCCUUUGGUCAAGAUAAGGAUGUUGAUUAUAUUGUCGUUUCCGAUGGUGAAGGUAUUCUUGGGAUUGGUGACCAAGGUGCCGGUGGGGUCCGUAUCGCCAUUUCCAAAUUGGCGUUGAUGACCCUUUGUGGUGGUAUUCACCCAGGCCGUGGUAUUCCAAUUUGUCUAGAUGUCGGUACUAACAACCAAGAAUUGGCCAAUGAUGAACUCUACAUGGGUAACCGUUUCCCAAGAGUCACUGGGGAAGCUUACUAUGAAUUUGCCGAUGUUUUCAUGCAAUCAGUCAAGAAGCUUUUCCCUAAUGCCAUUGUGCAUUUUGAAGAUUUCGGGGUUGGUAACGCCAGAAACUUGUUGAAACGUUAUCGUAAAGAGCUCCCAUGCUUCAACGAUGACAUCCAAGGGACUGGUGCCGUGGUCAUGGCCUCGAUUAUUGCUGCUUUGAACUUUACCAAGCGUGAAUUGCUCGACUCUAAGAUUGUCAUUUUUGGCUCGGGUUCUGCUGGUCUUGGGAUUGCUGACCAAAUUGUCUCCCAUAUGCACACUCAUGGUGCCACCGAAGAACAAGCCAGAUCAAAGAUCCACUGUAUUGAUCGUCAUGGUCUUAUUAUUGAUUCCAUGGACUCGACUUUGGCCAGUGAAGAUCAACUCAUUUAUGCCGACCGUGCCAGUGAUUGGGAAGGGGUUGACACCAAAUCACUUUUGCAAGUGGUUUCUAAAGUCAAGCCAACGAUUCUUAUUGGCUGUUCUACUAGACCAGGAUCAUUUACCGAAGAAGUUGUCAAGGAGAUGUACGCUCACAACCCACAACCAAUUAUUUUCCCAUUGUCUAACCCAACCAGACUUCACGAAGCCACUCCAAAGGAUCUUAUGGAAUGGACCGACAACAAUGCCUUGGUGGCCACUGGGUCUCCAUUCAAGCCGGUCAAUGGGUACGUUUCAUCCGAAAACAACAAUUGUUUCUCAUUCCCAGGUAUUGGUCUCGGUGCGGUGUUGAGUAGAGCUAGUGAAAUUAGUGAAAAGAUGAUUAGUGCUGCUGUUGAUGAAUUGGCCAAACUUUCUCCAAAGAAGGUCGACCCUAAGGCUGGUCUUUUGCCGCCAGUGGAACAAAUUGUCGAAUGUUCUUCUAGAAUUGCCACUGCCGUGAUGUUGCAAGCUGUGAAUGAAGGAUUGGCCAGAGUUGAAAAUGAUGGAAAGGUCAAGGUUCCAAGAGAUUAUGACGCCGCUCAUGAAUGGGUGAAAUCUCAAAUGUGGAGACCAAAGUACAGAGACUUGAUUAGAGUUGAACAUUCUCCAGAAAUCCACACCCACCAACAUUAA